ACUCUAUCCUCUUCCCCGCUCACCCCUCCCCCUUCUCUCUCUUCCCAUUUUCGCUGUGAUCUUUCGCUCUCUCUCUCAAAUCCGACGCGGCUUCCAUUCUCCCUUCGAACGCCAUCGCAGGUCUCGUCAAUCGCCAAUCGGAGCUCUAGCCAAACACCCCACCCUCCGCCGCCUCAUCCCUCGCUCGACCGCAGCUCCCCGAUCGCCUCGCCGGUUAACGCCGACGUUAGCCCUGAGGUUUUUUUUGCCUUAAUUUUUUUAUGAAUUAUUGAAGAAUCUGCCUAUCUAUUAGCAAUGGCAUCAAGAUCAUAUACAAACUUUUCAGACUUGGCUCCUGGUGACCUCUUGGAUAUUGCUCCGACUCCCACUGCUCUUCCUCGUGUGAUUAAGACCCCGGGAAUAAUCUCCAAUUUUGAUGGUUAUAGCAGCACUGAUGGAGAUUCAGAUACCACUUCAUCCGGCUUCCGUGAGCGGAAAAUUCUGGUGGCAAAUAUGUUACCUCUACAAGCUAAGAGGGAUACAGAGACGGGAAAAUGGUGUUUCACUCAGGAUGAGGAUUCAAUACUACUACAGUUAAAGGAUGGAUUCUCAUCUGAUACCGAGAUACUCUAUGUGGGUUCUCUCAAGGCUGAAAUUGAUGCUAGUGAGCAGGAAGAAGUUGCUCAAAGAUUGCUGGAGGAAUUUAAUUGCGUUCCUACCUUUCUUCCUCAUGAUCUUCAGAAAAAAUUCUAUCUUGGAUUCUGUAAACAACAGCUGUGGCCGCUUUUCCACUAUAUGCUGCCUAUGUGCCCAGACCAUGGAGAUCGCUUUGAACGUUCUCUUUGGCAGGCAUAUGUGUCUGCAAACAAAAUAUUUGCAGAUAAAGUUAUGGAAGUCAUCAGUCCCGAGGAUGACUAUGUUUGGGUUCAUGACUAUCAUCUUAUGGUCCUGCCUACAUUUUUGAGGAAGCGGUUUAAUCGAGUUAAGCUCGGAUUCUUCCUCCACAGUCCAUUUCCUUCAUCUGAAAUAUACCGGACGCUGCCUGUUCGUGAUGAGAUCUUAAGAGGACUGCUGAACUGUGAUCUUAUAGGAUUUCAUACAUUUGAUUAUGCCCGUCACUUCCUCUCGUGCUGCAGCAGAAUGCUCGGCCUGGGCUAUGAAUCUAAACGAGGGCACAUUGGGCUUGAUUAUUUCGGUCGAACAGUCUACAUAAAGAUUUUGCCUGUAGGUGUCCAUAUGGGCCGACUCGAAUCUGUUCUCAAUCUUCCUGCAACAUCUGACAAGAUUAAGGAUAUUCAAGAGCAGUUCAAAGGGAAGAAAAUAAUUCUUGGUGUUGAUGACAUGGACAUAUUUAAAGGGAUCAGUCUGAAAAUUCUAGCUCUGGAGCAGCUUUUGCAUCAGAAUACACAGAUGCGGGGCAAGGUAGUCCUGAUUCAGAUUGUGAACCCUGCGAGGGGCUCUGGGAAAGAUGUGCAAGAAGCAAAGAAAGAGACAUAUUUGACUGCAGAAAGGAUUAACAAUGUCUAUGGCUCUGCUAACUAUGAGCCUGUUAUCCUCAUUGAUCGCCCUGUGCCUCGUUUUGAGAAAUCAGCCUACUAUGCUGUGGCUGAAUGUUGCAUAGUGAAUGCCGUGAGGGAUGGGAUGAAUCUAGUGCCAUACAAGUAUAUAGUCUGCAGGCAAGGAACUCCAAUGAUGGAGAAGGCAAUUGGCAUGUUAAAUGAUACUCCUCGGACGAGCAUGCUUGUAGUUUCUGAAUUUAUUGGUUGUUCUCCUUCCCUGAGUGGAGCCAUAAGGGUUAAUCCUUGGGACAUUGAUGCUGUUGCUGAUGCCUUGAGUCUGGCAUUAACAAUGCCUGAUGCCGAGAAGCAAUUGCGGCACGAAAAGCAUUAUAAGUAUGUUAAGACUCACGAUGUAGCCUACUGGGCCCGGAGUUUUGCCCAAGACCUGGAAAGAGCAUGCCGAGAUCACUACAACAAACGAUGCUGGGGGAUUGGCUUGGGACUGGGUUUCAGGGUUGUCUCUCUGUCCCCCAGCUUUCGUAAGUUGGCUACUGAUUGCAUUGUCUCUGCAUAUAAACGCACAAAGAGGAGGGCCAUAUUUUUGGACUAUGAUGGCACUCUUGUCCCUGAGACUUCCAUCAGCAAAAUGCCCAGUCACGAAGUUCUUAGUGUUCUGAAUUCUCUCAGCAGUGAUCCCAAGAACACCGUGUUUAUUGUCAGUGGGAGAGGUAGAGAUUCAUUGAGCGAGUGGCUGGCUCCCUGUGAGAUGCUCGGUAUAGCUGCUGAACAUGGGUAUUUUAUCAGGUGGAAGAAGACAGCUGACUGGGAGACUACUUGUGUGGGUGCUGAUCUCGAUUGGAAAAACAUUGUGGAGCCUGUAAUGAAACAAUAUAUGGAGGCAACAGAUGGCUCCACCAUUGAAUAUAAGGAGAGCGCUGUGGUAUGGCACCAUCAGGAUGCAGAUCCCGACUUUGGUUCAUGCCAAGCGAAGGAACUUUUGGAUCAUCUUGAAAGUGUGCUUGCUAAUGAACCUGCGGUCGUGAAGAGGGGCCAGCAUAUUGUUGAAGUUAAGCCUCAGGGAGUGAGCAAAGGUUUUGUGGCGGAAAAGGUCCUGAGCACGAUAAUCAACAGCAAUGAGCCCCCCGACUUUGUCAUGUGCGUAGGUGAUGAUCGAUCGGAUGAGGACAUGUUCGAGAGCAUACUCAGCACCGUGUCCUGCCCUUCCCUCCGCGUGAUGCCGGAGAUCUUUGCCUGUACUGUUGGGCGUAAGCCCAGCAAGGCCAAGUACUACCUGGAGGACGUGGGCGAAGUUGUCAAGGUCCUUCAGGGCCUCGCCAAUGCCUCGUGUCCAAAGGCUCGGACUCCCUCACAAGCACAGAUCUCUUUCGAGAGUACUAUCUGAUGAGCCGAGCGGUACGAGGUCUGGAAAGCUCGGCACCUCGUGGGACAGAUACGGUGCAAUGCGUGUCAGUAUGUUCCCCUUAAAUGAGGGGAAUCGGGCCGAUGGAGAGGGGUUUUUCAGGCUCAAAAUUAGGCGGAGUUAUCAGGGUGGGGAAGCUCAGGAAGGUAGAAUGUGCGACUAUUGCUGCUACGGGGAAUGAGGUGCCGGGAAGAGUUGGGAUUUUCAUGGUGCCAACAUUUAACGCCGAGUCCAUUUGGGGGGGCCUAGUCAGAUGUCUAUGAUGAGAUUAGAUCUGUCACCGUGUUGGAGGGUGUCGCUUAGAUUUGUAUAGUUUUUCUUUUGCUUGACUUACAAUUUGUGUAGUUUUCAAAUGCGAUCAAUGCAUAGACAGUGUUGGCUUGUGCCUUGUCCCGAGCUCUUGUUAUCUUAUUAA